AUGUUUUUUUACGGUUAUUUUAGUUAUUAUUCAUUAUUGUGGACAAUAAUAACCAUAUACUACGUAGCUUCCUCAUUUUUCCUUCGCUAUCCAACUUUACUUCCAUUUAUCAAAUUUGAAUUACGCAGAAGGAAAAAAAGUGGAAUAUUGGGGAAAGGAAAUGGUUGUCUUCAUAUUUCACAUCGUGGAGGCUCAGAGGAAAGGCCAGAAAAUACACAAAUGGCUUUUGAACAUGCCAUUCUAAAUUGCUGUACUGAUAUGAUUGAAACAGAUGUAUGGUUAACUAAAGAGAAUGAAUUGAUAGUCCUACAUGACAAUCAUUUAGGUAAUAUUUGUGGAGUGGAUAAAUAUGUAGGAGAUUUACUUUACAAUGAAAUGCCUUUGACACUAGACUCAGAUACAUUGUGUCCAUCUUCAGAGUAUCUUGACAUAUCAAAGUGGCGUGGAUUUCCCAUUAAAUUUCAAGGACAAAGAAUUCUUACACUAGAGACAUUGUUCCAAAUUUUCCCAAAUAUUCGGAUGUCUAUUGAUAUAAAAAAUCCGAAUAGCUUAGUUGCUGUUGAAAGGACUGUUGAAAUUAUCCGAAAAUAUAAAAGGGAAGAUUUGACAGUUAUAGCUUCUUUCUCACACUCUAACAUAAAGUAUUUAAGAAAGAUAAAUAACUCUGUAGUAAGAAUACAUUCUGAAAAUAAUGAGGAGAAUUUUCGAUCUAAACUUAUUUUGGGUGCUAGUCAGACUACAGUAAUAUAUUUACUGUUAGCAUAUUUUAUAGGUAUCUUACCAUUUAUUUCUAUAAAUGAGGAUAUAUACUCUUUUCCGCUGAGCUAUAUAUUUUUUUGCAAAUAUGGAUAUACUGUAUCAAAGCUUAGCUUUCUUGGAAGUAAUAUUACUAACUAUAUUAAACUUCACCUCAUCCCAAAUAUACUGAUGUGGAUAUUUUCUAGGCGAUUAAUGAUAAGGCAUUUACAAAAGCGUGGAAUCAGGUGUUUUGCAUGGGUAUGCAAUACAGAAGAAGAGAUAGAAAGAUGCUGCAAACUUGGUUUAGAUGGAAUAAUGACAGACAAGCCAACACUUCUAAGAGAUUAUUAUAAUAGAAACAAUAUUAAAGCAUUCAUGUAG